AUGAGGAAGAAUUGGGGGCUCAGCUCCGGCCACGCGCGGCCGUUCGGUGACCGCCGGUGGCUGCUCCCCUUCCUCGCCAGCCUGCUCGUCACGUCCACGCUCCUACUCGCCGCCGCGUGCGGCCUCUUCUCGCCGCCCUACCUGGGCGGCGCCGGGAACGCGGUCCUGUUCGACGUCGUCUCCCUCACCAACUGGGACGACGGCGGCGGCUCGUCGUCGGGCGGUGGAGCGCCCUCCGUUGAGACGGGAAUCAAGAACCGGCUGCUGGAAGAUAACGCCGCCAGCGAUGACGACGACGAGAACCCCGACGACGCCGCCGUCAACUCUGACGACUCCGACGCCGAGCCUCCGCGGAUCGCGUACCUCCUCGAGGGCACCAAGGGGGACGGCCUGCGGAUGCGGCGGACGCUGCAGGCCAUCUACCACCCGCGCAACCAGUACAUCCUGCACCUCGACCUGGAGGCGCCGCCGCGGGAGCGGAUCGAUCUGGCUAUGUACGUCAAGGGCGAUCCCAUGUUCAGCCAGGUCGGGAAUGUGCGGGUCAUCGCCAAGGGCAAUCUUGUCACCUACAAGGGGCCGACCAUGGUCGCCUGCACGCUCCACGCCGUCGCCAUUCUCCUCAAGGAGGGGCUGCAGUGGGACUGGUUCAUCAAUCUCAGCGCGUCGGAUUAUCCGCUCAUGACACAAGAUGAUAUACUUCAUGUCUUCUCUUCUUUGCCAAGAAAUCUUAAUUUUAUAGAGCACUUUCAGUUAUCUGGGUGGAAAGUAAAUAUAAGGGCGAAACCAAUUGUUCUGGACCCAGGGCUCUAUCUAUCAAAGAAAUUUGGCCUUACUAUGACUACUGAGCGGAGAGAAUUGCCAACAUCUUUCAAAUUAUAUACUGGUUCUGCUUGGAUAAUGCUCACAAAAUCCUUCCUUGAGUACUGUAUCUGGGGUUGGGAUAAUCUCCCACGAAACCUCCUGAUGUACUAUGUCAACUUCAUCUCCUCACCAGAAGGCUAUUUCCAAACUGUGAUCUGCAACUCUGAUGAUUUUCGGGGCACGGCAGUUGGCCAUGACCUUCACUACAUCGCUUGGGACUACCCUCCAAAGCAGCAUCCAUUGAUCCUCUCCAUGAAGGACUUCAACAAGAUGGCCAAGAGCGGUGCGCCCUUUGCACGAAAGUUUCCCAAGGAUGACAAGGUCCUGGACAAGAUAGAUCGUGAGCUUUUGCACCGCUCAGAGGGCCGGUUCACCCCGGGAGCAUGGUGUGAUGGGAGCUCUGAAUUAGGGGCUGAUCCAUGUCUGUCUAGGGGUGAAGACUCUGUUUUUGAGCCUGGUCCUGGUGCUGAAAGGCUGCGAGGUCUGAUGAAGAAGGUGCUCUCAUGGGAUUACCGCAAUGGUAGCUGUUCCUCACUUGCUUAUGAUCAGACAAAGAGGGAUUGGUAUGCUCCUAAAGAUGAAGAUAUUCCCUUGCCAAUGUUAUCCACCAUGAAUUCUUCAGCAGAACUGUUACCAGGUUCAGUAUUUCUGAAUGAAGGGGAAACUUUCUGUCGUAAAUCAAAACUUUGGUAA